UUUUUUUUUCUUGUUUCUUUUCAGCCCACAUAUACCCGCGACUUCGGCAGUUCCCUUACUGCACCCUUUUUUAUUUUCUUGCUUCUCUUUUAGGAGGUCUCUGUUGGGUUGUUGACUUUUACUUUUUUGUUUCUUCAACGACACAGAAAACGAGGAGGAAGCGAGACGAAAACAUAUAAAAAAGAGAGGGAUAUGACGUAGGGGUUUUGCAUCAGCACAGCAAGGAGCAACAAGGGCCCUAAACGACAAGAAACCAAGAACAAGGAACGAAGAAAAAAAGGACGACAGCCAUGAUUGCGACGGCGAACCUCGCAGUCAUGAGCACGAACGGAUCGGAAAUCAUCGGAGCUGGGGUUCCGCCCCCGGGCGUCACCCCCAACUUCGAAAACCCCAGUGACAACCUGAGGUCGGUGUCGUACGUGACGCAGACCCUGACGCUGGUGGUUGUCACGGCGUUUGUUAUAGUACGAUUCUACGCCAAGCACGUGGCCUUGGGGAACCACUGGCACACUGAGGAUUACUUUACCUUUGCCACAUGGUUCCUCAUGGUAGGAUAUUGCAUAACUGCGAUAUAUGCCACGCAUUUUGGAGGUGGUCUGGAUCAAUGGGAGGUGCCAGCAACGUUGAUAACGGGAUACUUCAAGGCAUGUUAUGCGGCAACAAUAUUCUAUAUGCCAAUGGCAUUCUGCGUUAAAAUCGCAUUGCUGGCAUUGACCCAGAGAGUAUAUGGACCGCACAAAAAGACAAUCAUGGGCAUCAAAAUCUUUGAGCUGUUGCUCUUCCUGUACUAUGGUUCAGGGCUCAUCAUCAAAAUCCGAACAUGCUGGCCCAUUGAGGCUUACUGGCUCGGGCAGAAGGACAAGUGCUUGAACCAAGACGUCAUCAUUCUCUGCGACUCCAUCCUCAGCGUCAUCAGCGAUCUGGCAAUCCUCAUCCUUCCCAUCCCGCUCACCUGGUCCCUCGAACUCUCGAACCGGAAAAAGCUCCGCAUCAUGGGGAUCCUGUGCGCCGGUGGCACCGCGACCGCCUUCUCCAUCUACCGCCUGGGCAUGAUCCUGAUGGAGCGCAACUCUCCCAACGCCACCAUGACCUUCACCAAGGUCAUCCUCUCGGGCAACGCCGAGGUGGGCAUCGGCCUGAUCUGCGCCUGCCUGCCCGCCAUCACGGCCCUCGUGCUCAAGAAGACGCGCUCGACCGGCUACUACUCUGGCAACGGCGGCUACAUGCGGUCCGACAACGACCAGCUCGGCGGCCCCGGCAACUCAAAGUUCCACACGCACUCGCACGCCCGGUCCGGCUACGCCGCUGGAGGAAGCAGCCAUAACCACAGCGUCCACAACCACAGCCACAGCCACGGCGGCGGCAUCGUCGUCAGCCGCACCUUUGAUGUCCAGAGGACCCUCAAGGCCGACACCGACUACGUCGUCCCCGACAAGGACGGCGGCCUGCCCCUGAGCAUGCUCGAUGCCAACGGCAAGGCCGACCAGGCCGAGCUGGUGACGCACGCGCAGGGUGUGGGGAGGUCCACCAAGUCGUCCUCCAUCGGGGGUCUGUCCAGCAACGACUCGGAUGAGAAGCUGGAUAGGCAGAUUAGGGCCCACGGCGGGAGGAGGAUAUAAUUCUAUAAUGCAAAGUAUGUCAGGAUGUAUUGGAUGAGUUGUUUAGGGACAGAGCUUUUAUUGGGGAACAAGUAAAGGGAAGAAAAUAUUUUUUUUAAAAAAAAGAAAGAAAAAAAAGAAGGAAAGAACCUCUAGUCUAGCGGCAGAAGUAGCACAGUGCUCUGCUUUUCUUUUUUCUUUUUUUGUCACGACGCCCACGCACGCAAACGCAAACUGUUUUUUGUAUUGUCUUUUUUUUUCUUUUCUUUACUACCUACUUUUGGGAUACUAGGUCGGAUAACAGACGGUUAGAUACCGACGGCAAGCAACUUUUGCUCGCGUACAUGUUGUACAUAUUGAACUUAUAUAAUCUACCAUUCGCUGUAACAUAGGACGUAUCUGAUUAAUUUAGUCAAUGCUUGGGGAACCUGGACCGGUUGGGAUAUGUUAUGUUAUUCUUAAG